CACUGCUUGGCCCUGGCAUCUCACCAACCCCCAUUUCCAGGAUGCCACAAUCAUAUUCCACUGAAAUGGCACGGGGACUAAGUCCUGCAGAGUCUCCAGCAUUGCACAACCCCUUAAAAUCAAUUUGGAUGGACUUAAAACUGGGAGACAUGAAGAGUGCAAUCCUUCACAUGUCUAAUUCAGAAGCCCCAUUGCCUUAGUGGGACUGACUUACUCUCAGGCUGCAAGGAAGGGAUGUUCUAAGCCUGAGGCUCUUUAAAGCUGCCAGGAAAGGCGGGUCUCCAGGGAUUCAGCCAGAGCAACUUUUGCACUGCAGAGAGCAAGCUCAGGGAAGGGAACAGAAUCGACAAUAGACGGUACACAGAAUCAACUGCGUAAAUUCUUAUUCAUUUUCUUUGAGUGAACCAAGUGGGUUUCUUCCCGAGGUGUCUUUUGUAUCAUCUGAUUGGAAUUCACUUGGCAGAGAGAAUGUCUAGCACUCCAGUAGCCGUGGUGACUGGAUCGAACAAAGGCAUUGGGCUGGCCAUUGUGCGGGCUCUUUGCAAACAGUUCACUGGGGACGUCUACCUGACAGCCCGAAAUGUCAAGCAAGGGAAGGCAGCAGUGGCAAAACUGCAGGAGGAAGGUUUAAAACCGCUUUCCCACCAGCUGGACAUAAAUGAUCUGCAGAGUAUCCAAACCCUUUGUGAUUUUUUGAAAGAGAACUACGGAGGACUAAAUGUGCUAGUCAACAAUGCAGGGAUUGCUUUCAAAGUGGAUGACCCCACACCAUUUCACACACAGGCAGAAGUGACUCUGAAAACAAACUUCUUUGCAACCAGAAAUAUUUGCAACAAGUUGUUACCACUCAUUAAACCACAAGGAAGGAUAGUGAACAUCUCCAGUGUCAUGAGUGUCCGAGCACUUGCCAGGUGCAGCCAAGAGCUACAGCAGAAGUUUCGGAGUGACACAAUCACCGAAGAGGAACUAGUGAAACUCAUGGAAAAAUUUGUAGAAGACAGCAAGAAGGGAGUGCAUGAGAAGGAGGGUUGGCCAAAUACCGCUUAUGGGGUGUCCAAAACCGGAGUGACCGUUUUGUCCAGAAUUCAAGCCAGGCUGCUGAAUGAGACAAGGAAAGGCGAUGGUAUUCUCCUGAAUGCCUGUUGCCCUGGGUGGGUCAGGACUGACAUGGCAGGUCCUAAAGCCACCAAAUCUCCAGAUGAGGGAGCUGAGACUCCAGUUCAUUUGGCCCUUUUACCCCCAAGUGCUGAUGGCCCUCACGGCCAGUUUGUUAGUGAGAAAACUGUUCAAUGUUGGUAAGCAUCUGCAUGUGCCCAAGAUAACUGGAUUUUAUCUGCCAUAUUGCAGCUGGCUCGGAAUGUGGUAUGUUCUUGGUAACAAAAGGCUGGAUGGAGUUUGUUUAAAAAUAAAACUCUCCCUGUUGCUCAGUGGUCAGUUACAAUCCCAAUAGAAUUUUAAGCACCUGGUACUCUGGACCACUUCAGCACCCUCUUUUCCUGGUGCCACACCCACUCUUUUUCUUUUCAUAUCUGUAAGGCUACGUUCAUCACUUAGUGUUGUUGUUGUUGUUUAAAGAGAUGCUAAGGGUUUAAAUCUCACCAUUCAAUGGAGAGAAUCAAUGAUUUUUCUACAACUUUUUUUAUUUCAGAAAGCUUACCCAGACAUAUACUUUAAUUAUCAAUGUUUAUUUUAAAAUUUAUUUAUAAAUUUAUAUCCCACCUUUCCUCAAGGUGUCAUAGAAAUAGUUCUCCCCAUCCCUAUUUUAUCCUCACAACAACCCUGUGAGGUAGCUUAAAUUGAGAGAUAGUGACGAGCCCAAGGUUACCUAGUGAGCUUCAUAGCCGAGUGGAGAUUUGAAUGCUAGAGGUUUAAAUCUCUGACAUUCAUAGGGACAGUCAAUGUGGAGGAAAAUGCAGGUAUAGCUAACACAGUUUUUUAAAAAGAAAGAUACUUACCACUUGAGUUCUUAUACUGAAAAACUGCCGUUGGAAAAAAUACUGUUAAAACAAUGCCCUACAAUUAACCUCCUAAUUCCUACUAUUGUGUUACAUCCCACCUGUAAAAAAGAAAAAGCAGGGCAAAACAGCUUCCUUUUCAUUUUUGUAUAUCUCUAUUUCUUAUACGGGUAAGAAAAUCAACAGAAGAAGAAAUUGAAUGCCUUAUACUGACUUGGCUAAUCUAUUCUAUAAACGU